CCUGGCUGAUACCUUCCUACAUCUCCAACCAUCACCUUACCCUCUAGAAGGCGGCCUGUGGGCCACUUCUUCAGUCAGCACCCUCUCCCCCUGCAGCCCCCCACACCUCCGCAGAGCCACGGUGUUUGCCAACGGGUCCCUGCUGCUGACCCAGGUCCGGCCGCGCAAUGCCGGGGUGUACCGCUGCAUAGGCCAGGGCCAGAGGGGCCCGCCCGUCGUCCUGGAGGCCACACUGCACCUGGCAGAAAUUGAAGACAUGCCUCCAUUUGAACCCCGGGUGUUCACAGCGGGCAGCGAGGAGCGUGUGGCCUGCCUGCCCCCCCAGGGUCUGCCGGAGCCCAGCAUGUGGUGGGAGCACGUAGGAGUCCGGCUGCCCACGCACGGCAGAGUCUACCAGAAGGGCCGCGAGCUGGUGUUUGCCAGUAUCGCCGAGAGUGAUGCCGGUGUCUACACCUGCCACGCAGCCAACCUGGCUGGUCAGCGGCGCCAGGAUGUCAACAUCACCGUGGCCAAUUUCUACAAUGAACGUACUUACAAAAUAAGAGCAGGGAAUAGCAUUAACUCUUACACUGAACAGGCUGAAAGUGCAUAUGAUAAAGACCGAGAUACCCUUGCUACAGGCAUAGAGAUUUAUUUGUUUACUUUUUCCUUUAUAUCAUGCCUGUUCCAAACCUUUGUGAUAGUAUAAAAGGAUACACAAGACAAACUCUUAUGUACAUACACAUACACACAAGUUUGCAACCUGCUGCUUCCACUUACCUCUACAUCGUUUUAAGUGAGUAAAUUUCAAAAAUUCAAAAAGAUUUUGAAUAUGGAAAGUACUUUGUUAAUUUGAAGUUGUCACAACACUAAUCCAGUUAAAAUACUGAAACUUCAGAGUCCUGCUGUCC